GCGAGUAGAGGGACGAGCUCGCGCGUGCCGGCCCCGGGUGACAGCCGCACGCCGUGGCCAGGAGCUGCUGGCCAAGAUGUGUCUCCACUGAGGCACCACCCAUGACAGUAUGCAUUGAGCAUGGGCUGAGACCCCAGACCUGCACCCCUCCCCGCCCCCAGGACUGGCAGAAAUGGAUGCCCAGCUGAAUCUACGCCCAGUGAAGGCAGAGAGGAGGAGAGGCCUCGGGUUGUGCGGCAGGGCUGAACGACGGUUCUGGAGUGUGUGAACGGCCCGUAGUCCCACCAUGGUGCAGAGACAGUGGCUGAGCCGCUUGCUGAGGCAUCGCAAAGCCCAGCUCUUGCUGGUCAACCUGCUGACCUUUGGCCUGGAGGUGUGCCUGGCUGCAGGCAUCACCUCUGUGCCACCGCUGCUGCUGGAAGUGGGGGUAGAGGAGCGGUUCAUGACCAUGACUUUAGGCAUUGGCCCCGUGCUGGGUGUGAUCUCUGUCCCCCUGCUGGGCUCAGCCAGUGACCACUGGCGCGGGCGCUACGGCCGCCGGAGGCCCUUCAUCUGGGCCCUGUCCCUGGGCGUCCUGUUGAGCCUCUUCCUCAUCCCAAGGGCUGGCUGGCUGGCGGGGCUGCUAUGUCCCAACACCAGGGCCCUGGAGCUGGCGCUGCUGAUCCUCGGCGUGGGGCUGCUGGACUUCUGCGGCCAGGUGUGCUUCACCCCGCUAGAGGCCCUGCUCUCCGACCUCUUCCGGGACCCAGACCACUGCCGCCAGGCCUUCUCUGUCUACGCCUUCAUGAUCAGCCUUGGUGGCUGCCUGGGCUACCUCCUGCCUGUUGUUGACUGGGACACCAGUGCCCUGGCCCCCUACCUGGGCACCCAGGAGGAGUGCCUCUUUGGCCUGCUCACGCUCAUCUUCCUUGCCUGCAUGGCGGCCACACUGCUGGUGGUGGAGGAGGCAGCGAUGGGCCCAGCGGAGCCCGUGGAAGGGCUACCGGUGCCCUCUGGGCCGCCCCACUGCUGCCCAUGCCGUGCCCGCCUGGCCUUCCGCAACCUGGGCUCGCUCUUCCCCUGGUUGCACCGGCUCUGCUGCCACAUGCCUCGUACCCUGCGCCGCCUGUUCGUGGCUGAGCUGUGCAGCUGGAUGGCGCUCAUGACCUUCACGCUCUUCUACACGGACUUUGUGGGUGAGGGACUGUACCAGGGUGUGCCCAGGGCUGAGCCAGGCACCGAGGCCCGGAGACACUAUGAUGAAGGUGUGAGGAUGGGCAGCCUUGGGCUGUUCCUGCAGUGCGCCAUAUCCCUGCUCUUCUCCCUUGUCAUGGACCGGCUGGUGCAGCGAUUUGGCACAAGGACCGUCUACCUGGCCAGCGUGGUGGCCUUCCCUGUGGCUGCCAGUACCAUGUGCCUGUCACACAACGUGGCUGUGGUGACAGCCUCUGCCGCCCUCACUGGCUUCACCUUCUCGGCCCUACAGAUUCUGCCCUACACUCUGGCCUCUCUCUACCACCGGGAGAAGCAGGUGUUCCUGCCCAGAUACCGAAGCGACCCUGCUGAGGACAGCCUGACCACCAGCUUCCUGCCAGGCCCUAAGUCUGCUGCCACCUUUCCCAAUGGACAUGCAGGGGCUGCAGGUGGCAGCAGCCCGCUGCCCUCCACACCCUCGCUCUGUGGGGCCUCCACCUGUGAUAUGUCUGUGCGGGUGGCAGCGGAGCCGGCUGAGGCCAAAGGUGUGCCUGGCCGGGGCAUCUGCCUGGACCUUGCCAUCCUGGACAGUGCCUUCCUGCUGUCGCAGGUGGCCCCGUCCCUGCUCAUGGGUUCCAUCGUGCAACUCAGCCACUCUGUCACUGCCUACAUGGUGUCAGCCGCAGGCCUGGGCUUGGUCGCCAUUUACUUUGCCACACAGGUGGUGUUUGACAAGAGCGACUUGGCCAAGUACUCUGUGUAGGAGCCCUCCUGGGCAUGGUGUUGGAGGGCCAGGGUCCCAGUUCAGGGGGGCUGCCUAUUCAGGCUGGCCAGUCACUCGCUUUGCGCUGCUGCUCUCUGCUGCCACCCAGUGGCGAUGAGGUGCAUGGCCACACAGGUCGGUCUCCCGGCCUCCAGGUCAGUGCUUUCUCCGCAGUCUCUCCAUCGAGGGCUGGCUGGGCAGGUAGCUUCCAGAGUGAGUUUCACAGUUUGGAUUUUUGCAGGGAAGGGCGAAGCCUGGAGCAUUGGAUUAGCUCAUGCACUGGAAGGCAGGAUCUGAAGAAGGAUUUCCCAGGCUCAGGGUGAACAGCAUGUGUCCUGAGACAUACCUAGAAAAGGGAUGCAAGGCCCAGACCUGGCCUGGCCACCUGGGCUCCCAUCCCUAGCUCCCUCGCCCUAUCCUGUAGUUCCCUUCCACCUCCGCCACCCAAUUGUCUGGGAGUGGCAGGACUGCAGGACUUGGCAAUGUGAAAGUGCUGGGGUGGGAGUAGGGGGAGCGAUUGGAGACUGCCCUAGAGGGUGUGGUGUCCCUUUGUUCCCCAUCCCCCCCCAUUUUAUCAGGUCAUGGCUUGAUGAUCCCUGGGCUACCAUCAAUGGGAUGUAGGCCUUUAAAUAUUUAACUUAUUUAUUUAACAAAGCGAAAAGGAAUCCAUGCCCAGCUUUGCCAGGAAGGCAUCUAGGAGUUGGGGGGAAGGAUAGAUUCCCCAACUGCUGGAUGCCCUGAUCUGGCUGACCAUGGGGCAAAGCACUACCAGGAUCCCAUUCUCUUGGGGUCACUGGUUUGGAUCCUAAAACUACCAGACCCCCAAACCUCAGAAGUCCUACUGACCCCAACUGAUAUCCCAAAUGCUAACAGCCAAGCACAAGGGGGCUCAGGGAAGGUGGGGGUUGGGCUCCAGGUACCAGCAGCAUCCCUAACCCUCCUUGUGCUGGCGUGGCAACCUCCACUCCCCUCUGUUCCCUCCAAGCCUGGGCUCCUGAGGACACUGCCUGCCAUCCCUGUUCCUCUCUCCAGCCCUCCUCACUGGCCCCAAGGCCUCCCUCCAGAGCUGGGGCAGGACCAGAAGCACAAAGUGCAUUUCCUCAAGCCUCCGCCAUCCACCAGUCGCCAGGGAGUGGCUGUGCUUGGGGAACCCCACCCACACUCAGGAGCAUCCCUGCCUUGGCUGAGGAGGUCUUCUCUCUCGGGGGUUUAAGUGCCGUUUGCAAUAAUGUUUGUCUUAUUUAUUUAGAGGAGUAAAUAUUUUAUACUGUUUGUGAGCAAUCAGAGUAUAAUGUUUAUGGUGAUGAAAUUAAAGGUUUAU